AGAGAGAGAGCGAGAGAGCUGUAGCUGUGAGUGGGAAGUGCAGUCAGAUGCCGGAGCGUUCAAGAGCAGAACACACACACAUACACCACGCCACAAGAUCUGCACAUCUGUCUCAUUCUCACUGAAGAGCUGUGUCCGUCUCUGAGGAGCUACGGGAGAUUUCUGCUUCUCUGUGAAUGUAGCAGUGGAAGCCAGGAGGAACUGUUUGUUUUAUGAGAAUCCAGGCGUUACCAUGCAUUGCUGAUGUAAACUGAUCUGUGUUCGUUGUCUCUGAUGGAGCUGAAAGUUUGGGUGGAUGGAGUUGUACGAGUGGUCUGUGGUCUGUCAGAAGAGACAUCAUGUCAGGACGUAGUCAUUGCACUCGCCCAAGCCAUUGGCCAAACGGGUCGUUACGUUCUCAUUCAGAGACUGAGGGACACCGAACGCCAACUUCUGGCCAAUGAGCGCCCACUGGAGUCCCUGGCCAAACUGGGCCAACACAGCAGCGAGGUGCAGUUCUUCCUGCGGCGGACUGGUCCCAGUAGCAGUGAAGAACAAAGUCUGCACAACCGCACCCUCCCUCACUCCAAGCCUCCCACAUCAGAACCCAAACGGGGAUUGCCAAAGAAAUCUUACACCUUCAACUUGGGCCCCUCCAGUUCUCCCCGUGUAAAAACUAAGGACUCUCGAACAACACCCUCUCCUGAACAGAGGGCAUCCCCAGUUCCACACGCGCAGUACCUUCUGGGGCCAUCUAAAGAGGAGGUGUUCCGGCAUGUUCUCCAGCAGCGGGAGCAGCUACAUGCCCUUGAGUCCCAGCUGUUGGCAGUCGAUAAGGAAUGCAAGACUUGGGAAGAGUCGUCUGCUGAGGAGUCAUCACUGCAGGCAGAGAUGGAAGUUUUGGAGAAGACCAUGUGGAAGAACCAGCAGGAGUUGGUGGAUGAGGAGUUCUGGGAAGAGGAACUAAGGAUAGAGAUGGAAAGGGAGCGUGGGAUGAAGCACUGGUUAGGAGAGGUGCAUGAUAAACUGGAUGAUUGUGGGCAAAAGUUGCACGAAUUCAACACUCGCGCCAUACAGCUGGAGGAGGACAUUCAGAGAGAAAUGCUACAGGCAGACAUCUUACCCACCCAGUCCGAUUCAGAAGACUCUUUGGGGGUAGUCGAGGCAGAUCUUCAAAGUCGACAAAUGCAGGGGGAGGAAUUGGAGGCAGAGCUUUUAGAGCUUGAGAAGGCUCUGGGGAGGGCGGAGACUCUGCUGAAGGCUAAGCAGGAGGAAGUGGAGGAGUUGAAUAAGGAGCUGAGACAGUGUAAUUUACAACAGUUUAUCCAGCAGGCUGGAGCCCUGCCUACCCAUACUCAACCCCGCACAGACCUCAGUGAACUCCCAGAACAACUGGACCUGACUCAACAGCAGCAGGACAAACACAAAGACAGUGAUUCGCCCCCACGUCCCACUGCUAAGCAGUUCCUGGGUCACCUGCGCAACCUGCAGCACCCCCUGGUGUCCAGCCUGAACCCUGAGGUCCUGACAUCCAGAGAAUCGUCUUGGCGGUAAUAAAGCUGAAGCACAGGGCUAAGGAUUUAUAAUGACUUUCUGCUUCUAUUCAACUUUACUGUCGUCUAUAUAACCAUUUAUGUUAUAUAUAUAUUCACUGUAUAUAUAUUUACUACUUUUUUGGUACAUUUCAAAACAUGUAUUUACUGUAAAAUAUCUUGAGAACUUAUUCUUUUGUGUACGUAUUUAAGUACAAUAAAGACUGUGCGUUGUGUCUCAGAUGAUUCCCGUUUGAUGGAAAGACAUGUUUUUAUAAAGGGAUUGUCACAGUGUCCUGUCAUUAGUCUUACCUUCUGAUUGAACAGAUCUGUACUUUCGCACGUCACCACAAAGGCGUCCAAUUAAGUGCUGUCAUAUUUUUCUUAAAGUCCUCUUUAAACAUGACUGAGCCCUAUGAUCGAGUGAAAACCCCAGUGCAUUAGACGGUGUUUGUCUGAGCUGUUUGGAUGUUUAGAUAUCAUGAUUAACUAUAUGAGAGUGGAUUGUGAGGAUCAGAUCAAGAGGCUGUCUGACGGAGUGAGAUUAGACUCGAAUCCUCAUCAGCGCUGUCUCUGCAGCUACAGACGCUGUACAGUACAUCCAUACAGAUAAACACAAAUACAGCCGUGCCUCACGAAUCUCCAUUAAUGACAGUGGCAUGUUAUAAUUCAGUUCACUGAACGGGAUAAUCACAACUGAAGGCCGUUCAGAAGAGAUCCAAUCAGAUCAGAUCAGAUCUGUAAUCUGUGAUUUAUUCCUUUAUGUGGGCCAGAGCCAUUAACAGACACACUGACUAUUAUCAGCCAUACACCUCUAUUGAUUAUCAGGCAAUUUAAUUAUUAUUAAGAGGCAGAAAAUGUACUAUAAACCACUUAAAUCAUCUGAUUUUAUGAAGUGCCAUUUGUCUGCAUUUUCAAAAUAAAGCCUGGAUUAA